AUACUCCUCUUGUUAAUAGAUCCGACCACCGUCAAAUGAGAUGCCGGUCUCCAUUAUUAUGAUUAUUUAUUUCUCCCCAGUUAGACCAUUGUGGACUCUUGACGACGGGACACGGACAUUGAGCCACCUAGCAUAUUGGAUUUGGCAACGUUUUGCCGUUCGCGUUGGCGCAAGUGCACAAAGUGCAAAAGUGCAACGCUCCAGGUCCACGAUCUCGAAGAGAGUAAAGACCCACGGGCUGUCAAUAUGGAACCGGUCCAAUAUAUCGAGCCCAGCAGUGAGAAGACUUGAAACGUACGCUCCAUGGGGAAGGAGGACGGCGCCGCGGAAAAGAAAGAUAGUUGUGGAGUGCCAAUCAUGCAAGAUACGUGCACUACGCUACGCUGGCUACGGUACUGAGUAUCAUCGUAUGUAUUGUACCGAAGCAACUAAGGUAAGGAAAAACAUCCCUCCCACCGGCAAGCCACCACGAUACUCUCUGCUUCUUCAAAGCCCCGGACGCGUCAACAAGACACACACUCCGCAAUGCUUGGCCUUAGCUUGGCUAUUACUCUUGGUUACGUCUAUUAUAGGGUGGGAUAUUUUACCAAGUGGUUGACAUCUCGAAAGAAGAAUCCAAAACAAAACUUCCACCGAAGCCUGGUGCGGGUUAUGACGGGAAGGUUACGGAACAUCCAUGACCUACGUUUCAAGGAAACCCAUCU